GUGGAGGGGAGAGUGUUGUCAGUCGAGAGCCGUCCUCCGAGCCGAGCAGUGCGCGUGUGUGCCGUUCUCGCGCUCCACAGUGACGAGCCGAUCGCCGAGUGCGUCCCUGAGUGCGUGUUUUGUGACCCCCCGAGUUGGUGCCGUUCUGUAGUGCGCUUGUGGAGUGGAUGCUCAGGAUUAAUCCACCCCCACAACAAGAAUAUCAGACGGACUGACCCCGGCCAAUGGCUCCUGCUGCUGUGCCUGGAAGAGCAUUGGCAGCCCGCCGGUGACAAGGCGUGCGUGUGUGUGCAUGCACGCGCGUGUGCGUGUGCGUGUGCUUGUGCGUGCGAGUGAGUGAGUGCGAGUAGUGUCCGCCCGGUUCGCUUUGCCCCCGCGCGCCCCGCCGCGCGCCGGGCAGCCGCGAGGCGCGGCCCCGUCAGCGUCCUGGCGCAGAGCGUGUCCGGGCUCGUGACCGUCGCCAUGGGGGUGCUGCGGUGGAGGGACAGGGCCGAGCAACGCCGGCAAGCAGACUGCCCCAAGAUGGACUCCCAGCAGCAGUCGUCUCGGGAGGACAGGUCGUCGUCAUGCUCCGGCCCCAACCCCGCGGCCGCGGCCGUGUCGGCCUCGCAGCGGCUGCUGGAGGAGGCGCUGGCCCGGCCCGCGCCCUUCCCCAUGAUCGUGCUGCCCCCCGAGGGCGGGUCCGGCGGCGGCGGCUCCUCGCCCGCCGGCCGCGGCUACUGGCUGGACGGCGCGGAGCACGAGUGCGCCUUCGACACGAUGGGCAACCCCGUGCUGCCGCACGCCGACUGGCGUGCCCACAAGUUCGAGACGGACGAGACGGCGCGCUGCUACCGCCGCUUCUUCGUCGGCAGGGAGCACAGUAACUGGGUGGGCGUGGACGACGCGCUGGGGCCGAUGCUGCUGUCGCUCAAGGUGGAGCAGGAGCACGCGCGGCUGCUGCUGCGGCUGCGGACGGGCACCGUGCACGAGCUGCUGCCCUCGUCCUGCAUGGCCGCGCACCCCUCGCCCGCCGCUCUCGCCAAGCUGCUGAAUAAUGACGGCUUGACAGUGGAGCGGCUGUCCCCCGUACUGUGCCCGCGAGCCUCGCAGCUGAUCGCUGCGUACGACGAGCACGUCCUGGUUUCCAACUUCAAGUUCGGCGUGCUCUACCAGCGCUUCGGCCAGACAUCGGAGGAGCAGCUCUUCUCCAACCGGCACUCGUCGCCCGCGCUGGACGAGUUCCUCCAGGUGCUGGGCCGCCGCAUUCAGCUCAAGGACCACAAGGGGUAUCGAGGUGGCUUAGACACACAAUUUGGUCAAACUGGGGAUGAGGCCAUUUAUGAUGUUUUUAAGGACAGAGAAAUCAUGUUCCAUGUGUCCACAAUGUUGCCUUACACAGAAAAUGAUCCUCAGCAAUUACAGCGUAAGAGGCAUAUUGGUAAUGAUAUUGUUGCUGUUGUUUUCCAAGAGUCAAAUACACCAUUUUCCCCGGAUAUGAUUGCUUCACAUUUCUUACAUGCCUAUAUUGUGGUCCAAGUUUUGGAACCAAACACUCCUAACACUAGGUACAAAGUUAGUGUAACAGCAAGGGAUGAUGUUCCUUUCUUUGGACCACCUCUUCCAAAUCCAGCAGUAUUCAGGAAAGGACCAGAAUUUAGAGAGUUCCUUCUUACAAAACUAAUUAAUGCAGAAAAUGCCUGUUAUAAAGCUGAGAAAUUUGCAAAGCUCGAGCUACGGACAAGAUCCUCACUCCUCCAGUCUUUGGUUGAUGAGCUCCAAGAUAAGUCACAAAGCUUUGUUGGAGGAACAACACCAAGUACCAGUACUGCACCAGAUACUCCCAAAUCAGAAGGCAGUGGUGGAGCUGGUAGCAGAUUUAUCGAUACUGUGAGAAAAGCACUCUCUACCAAGGGGAGGUCUCAAAGUAUGGAGCAAAAUUUGAACAAUAACAACAAUAACAAUCCUGCGCACCAAAAUGGCAUGAGGAAAUCAUCAGCUGCUCAAAUUUCUCAGGGGAACUAUUCUGAAGGAAUUACACCUUCUUGUGGAAGAUCACAACCAAAAUCUGUUAUAUCUAACAAGAAAAGCUCCCCCUCAUCACCUGUAUCAAGUCCGGACAUGUAUGCACACCGUUCUCAGAGAGUAACCUUGUCUGAAAGUGACUCAUCAUCCUUGAACAGCAUGGAUCUAGAUGUUGCUGUGUAUGUGGAUAGUGACACAGGGCUUGAGAGUAUGUCAUCAGCUGAGACUCCACACAAGAGUGGUCCUAAUGGCAACCCACACUGUCAUGUGUGCAGCUGCAAUACUACCAAUGGAUCUACCAACAGUAGUGGAACAGGAAGCACUGAUGGUUCCUCAACCACAAAUGGUGUCAGUAUUCAAACAGGCUCAGGCUGUUGUGGGGAUAAACCAAAUACAGACACACUCAGGCAAGAAGUUACCAGAUUAAAGUGUGAUAAGCUAGAUCUCUUAAGACAGAAUGUGACGUGUCAAAGAGAUAUAAAGAGGUUACGAGAGAAGGAGUUACAACUCCAAUCGGAUCUUGCUGCUGCGUCAAAAGAAAUUCUUCGGUUGAGAGAGAUGCUGAAGGAUUUCGGCAGCAGUGGAGAGGGGUCGCCAGUUUAGCCUGUUACGCAAGCUCUGACUGACAAAACUUGAAUGUGAUCUAGCCAAAGUUAAUAUUUACCAGUUUAAGAAACCAACAUUAUGAUAAAACAACAUAUAGUUUGUAUCAUGUAAUGACUGCUAAAGAGAUGCAAAGUAAUUUUUUUUAGUGACAGAAACUUUCACUAACAGUUGUGUUGUGGAGCACUUGCAAAGCACAAGUAGGUUGUGGUUGAUGUAGAUGCAACCACCUACCUGGCUUGUUUUACGGUGCUUAAGUAUUUAUGUGUGAAGUUUGCAUCUUAUUAUUUCAAAUUUAUUUUCAAAGUUGCAACUUUUAUGUAGGGUGCAUUUAAAUACAAACAUUGGGCUCUCACAUUAGAUUCUCCUUAUGAGGCACUUUGAUUGAUGUGAUCCAAUAAUUUAUUGUUGUUUGUGUAUGUUAUGUUUCUAAUUGUUACAAGUUUCUGUACUGUUGAUCUGAUAUGUUUAAAAUAUGUUUUAAAUUAAAAUGUAAAAGAACCAGCCUA